GCACGGGUGGGGGGAAACCCGAGGCGCACGGAGAAAGAGAGAGAGAGAGAGAUCCACUUAUUUAUAAACUUGUUGUUGUUUAUCUCCCGCGGGGGUUGUUUGUUGUCGUCUCAAACUGUCGGUUGGGAGCCGUUAACGGUUCGCGGACACGGUGAGACGUUGAAAGGGGUCCGGGUCAUGGCGUCGCCGCUGGAGAUGACAGAGAUGUACGACAACGCUCUGCUGGGAAUCCUGCAGCACGUCGGGAACAUCCAGGACUUUCUGCGGGUCUACUUCGGGUUCUUGUACCGCAAGACGGACUUUUACCGGCUGCUGUCGAGUCCCAACGAGAAGAUGGGCUUCCCCCCCGGGGUGGCGGAGAAAAUGGUGUUUCAGACAUUUAAGCUGUUUGAGAAGAUGGCGGAUCACGACAGAGAGAGGCAGCUGAGCGAGCUGCAGAAGAGAGAGGAGAGUCGAAGCGUUCCUCCGGCAGUUCAGGAGCUGGAGAUCGCCGCCGAGCCUCCCGAGGGGGCGGAGGAGAAGAGCUCCAAUCCCCCCCCCCCCACAUACCACGAAUACCUCUCUGACUCCGGCUGUGUCUCACGCUUGUGUCCCGCUGGCCGUCCUCAGGUCAGAGUCAGUCUGCAGCCCAGCAGCAUGAAAGUGUGCGUGCUGGGAGCCGAGGAGACGACGCUGAUGGAGGGAGAGUUCACUCACAAGAUCAACACCGAAAACUCUCUGUGGAGUCUGGAGCCUGGAAGCUGCGUGGUCCUGUCGCUCAGCAAGACCUCGGAGGUUUGGUGGAACGCGGUGCUGAAGGGAGAGAAGGAGAUUGACAUAAACCAGAUCAACCGCGAGCGCUCCAUGGCGACGGUGGACGAGGAGGAGCACGCCGUCCUGGACAGACUGACCUUCGACUACCACCAGAAGCUGCAGGGAAAACCACAGAGUCACGAAAUGAAGGUGCACGACAUGCUGAAGAAGGGCUGGGACGCCGAGGGCUCACCGUUCAGAGGGCAGCAGUUCGACCCCUCCAUGUUCGACAUCCCACCCAGCGCGGUGCAGUUCUGAGGCAGCAGCCAGAACUCAGCCAAAGAACUGAACCCAGUUUAUUCACAGAACUGUCGGCAGGAAGGUUUUCCCUGCCGGUCUGUUGUGUUUGGAGCUUUUGUGACGAGGACAUCGUGUCACUAUAUCGAGCAUUUAUUUGAUGUUUUGGCAGAUUGAAAUCUGAUAAAUAUGUGUACUUUGUUAACUGUUUUGCUCUUUAUUUAAUAACUCUGCAGUGCCUAUAGGUUUGUCUGCCCGACAGAGGGAUUCUGUUAUUGUUUCUCAUAUUUGUGUUCAUUACAAAUGUCCCCGCAAAAAACUGUUUGGCAGAAACUGCAUUUUACCAAAUUUUUUAUCCAAAUGUAGCAUAAAUUUCCAGAAAAUCUGCAAAAGAAAAUGAGGAUUAAAGUGCGUUUGUGUCCAUUAUGUGAACAUUAGGAGUAAACAGCUGCACCGGGUUGCACCAGCGAUGUGUAAGUUCUCUCCUCAGCUUGCUUCAUUUGAAAUGUUACUGAUGGCCUGUUGUCAAAUGAAUAUUACGGUGGGAGGAAGACCGAAGUAAAGUGUGGUCAAAUUUCUGGAGACGCAGCAGAAACGACCCAUAAACACUGACCACUUAAUCACUGACCCCUGCAUCAAUAAAAAGUAAUAAAACUGCA